CAAAAUUUAUGAAAUUUAUUUCGCAUUAGUUAGAAAUAUGUGUUUUCCAUUCAACAACAACAACAGGAACAACAACAACAACAACAACAACAACAACAACACUGUUGCUGCAAUUGCGACAGAGAAGACUUCAGUUCAGUUCCAUUGAGUAUUAACCGUAAAUUUAGCGUUAUCAUGUCACAAAUUGAAAAUGUGCUUAAUCUGGUGCGGGCCCGUCUUCAGGCAGAGAAGAUAAAACUGUGGGAGGAGCCGUACUACACGGAAGGCAUCGGCAGCAUUGAAGUUGUCAUGGAGGACUUGGCCCAGCGGUAUGCCCAGUUUCUUGGCAUCGAUGUAUCCAACUGCAUGAGCGCCCUCAGCGAGCUGCAGGACCAUGCCCUGCGCAAGCUGGCCGCCCGCCGGGAGUUCAGCGAGACGGGCAUGGCCACGUUCAAGGUGCGUCGCAUUGACAAUCACAGAGGCACCACCACCAUGCUGGAGAUCAAGUGUGACCUGAACUCUCUGGGCUCCGAGCUGCAGGCGGCCAUUGCCGCCAAACUGCAACUGAGCAAUCCCGAGCACAUCAAGUGCAUCGCCUGCGGGAAGAUCGUGGCUCCGAAUGCCACGCUGGGAGCGCAGAACCUAAAGAACAACCAGGCUGUGAUUGUGAUCAUUGGUGGACAGGGGGACAACCAGAAUGGUGACCUCUACGAGAGACUUAACAAGAUCAAGGCUGAUGUGGAGGCGGUGGUCUCGUCACAGAACCGCAUGAUGGAGAUGGAGGAUCAGGAUGGAAAUCCAGUGUUCCUGCCGCCGGAGGAGAACCGCUCGUUGCUGAUGGCCCUCGGCUUCUGCGAGAAGGCCAAGGCUGCCAUGCGGCGGGAGGAUUACGAGGAAUGCCUGCUUCUGCUGCUCGAAGGCGACGAGAAGUUUGCCGCCUGCCAGUCGAGCUUCCUCGAGUCGGUUGACAACUUUGCGCUGCUCAAUCUGGACAUUGUCUGGUGCUACAUGUGCCUCAAAAACGUCUCCCAACUGCCCGACGCCGAGUCGCGCCUGGCCAUCUGUGAGCGCAGCUUCCGCCGCAGCUACGGGGAGAGCUUUGAGCGUCUGUAUGCCCUCAAGGGACGCGCCUGUCCGGAGCGGGCACUCUUCAUGCGCCUAAAGUUGCUGCAGGGAAUCGUCCUCUUCCAUCAGAAUCGCCGCGACGAGGCCUUCGAGAAGUUUGAGGCUGCCUCAGAGCUGCUAAAGGAGCUGAAGGUCGACGAGGACAAGCUGCUGCUGUUGAUCGAGAUGGGCUUCGAUGUCGCCGAGGCCAGGCUCGCUCUGCGCUCCUGCUCCUCCAGCGGCGGCAACAUUGACCAGGCCGUGCAGUUCAUUCAAGAGCGCAAGAAGAAGCUGAGCGAUGCCCGCAAGGAAUCCACGCUGGAGCGCAAGGUGCAUCGGCGCGGCAGGGAGGAUGCCACGGAUGCAGAUUGGGUUAACCCACGCAGCGUUUGCACCCUAGUCGAGAUGGGGUUCGAUACAAAACUGGCCUCCCUGGCCCUGCAGCGCACCAAUAACGACGUCACGAAAGCACUAGAUAUGCUGCAGAAGAAUUCGGCUGAGCUGCUUGCUGCCUUGCCUGACAGAAGUGUCGCACCAGCGGAUGAGUCCCAGAUGGCAGCCCUCCAGCAGCUGGGCUUUGACGACGCCACAAUUCGCGCCGCCCUGGAGUACACAGGUAACGACGUUGAGAAGAGCAUAGAGUUCCUGCUGCAGGCCCUUCAGAGCGAGGACAAGCUGAAGAAGACACUCGAACUGGCCACAAAGCUGGCGAACGACAGCGGCGUCGACAGACCCUCCACCUCAUCACAGGCCAACAACUCGUCGAUCAUUGACGUUGUGCUGUCGAAGGCGCGCGAUGAGCUGGAGUCGCUCGAGGCCUACGAACGCUUCAAUUCGGAUAUCAAUCAGACCGAUCAAGACCAUCUCGAUCUGCCCUUGAUCCGUGAGGAGCAGCUCCUGUGCGAAUAUCGCCGCCUGCUCGAGCAAUAGGCUCAACCAAAGCAAAACCUAACCAAAAUUCAUUACUAAACGUAAACGUUAAACGGAAACACGUAAGCGACUGUCGGCAACGAAACGAAGCGGCCAUCAAGUGAUUCGAAAAUCGAGAAGAGAACCGGUUACGGAGAUAACUGUAUUCAUGACUUGUCUAUUGCAAAUCGUCGUCUUAUAAAUGCCACUUAAGUGGCACUCAUCCACUCAGGCAUCCACCGCUACUUGGGUUUGAAUAACUUGGCAAGUAGUAAGACUUACAACGAGAUGUAUGUACAUACUAUAUAGUAUAUGGUAUAGUAUAUAUUCUAUUGACAGCUGCGACAAUGUGAUUACGCCCCAGCCCCUCCAUGCCGUUUCGUUCCGUUCUGUUCAGACGCGAACCUGUUAAGUUCUUUUGCAAUUAUUUAUUUUAUUUACAAAAAUUGUUGUUGUUGUCUCCCGACUCUCGAUCCCAGCCCAACCCGAUAUCCAGUAUGUGGCCAAAGAGUUGCCAGCUGCCAAAGGGCACCAUCAAGCACGAACCUUUUGCUAACCGACAAAUUGAGACUGGAUAUAUCAUCAUGCAUAUGUAGUUAUAUUCCUGUGAUAGCUCGGGUGCCUUAUAAUUCAUUGUGUAUAGAAUGUAUGUUAAGGCCAAGGUAAACGAUUGAUCUUAGCAAAUGUCCCUGUAGCCAUGCUUAAGGUUAAAAAAAUAUAAUUGAUUUGCAUGUACUAAAAUUAAGCGAAAUAAAGUAUAAACAAGUGUAGCAUCAA